AUGAAAUUCGUGAUUGUCUUCGUCGCACUUCUCGCUUUGGCCUAUGCUGCCCCAGCCGCGCCUGAAGUGGAGAUCGUGGAAUUGAAAUCUGAUGUAGAACCAGAGCAAUACAGCUACUCCUUGAAGACCAGCGAUGGCACAUCCAAACAAGAAGAUGGUCACUUGGUGAACCCUGGUGCUGAGGAUGAACACAUUGUUGCUCACGGUUCCUUCUCCUUUGUCGGUGAUGAUGGUCAGACCUACACCGUCAACUACAUAGCCGAUGAGAAUGGUUUCCAACCACAGGGAGCUCAUUUGCCCGUCGCCCCAGUGGCUUAAGUUAAUACUCAUUAUAUUAGUGGGGUUUGGUGGAAGUGUUAAUA